AUGGCUUACCAUCAAAGAUCUUCAAGCGCGCCUUCGAGCCCACGAUCAAACAAGCCCAAAGUCGAGCAACAGCUCCACAGCCUGAGCACAACAAUCUCUUCACCAUCGGCGACCAUCGAUACAUCAUGCGAUGGUUUGAGGAGUCUUGAAGGUAUCUACAGCUCCAUCGAGGAGAUGAUGUGCAGGCCCAGCAGCCAAGUCAGCCUGCAAAGGAAGGUGGUGGAGGCGGAGCUCGGAAGGUCACUCAUCUUGCUUGACCUCUCCAACGCCAUGCACGAGAACUUCAUGGAGCUGAAGAUGAGUGUUCAGGAGCUUCUGUUGGCUCUCAGCAGAGGAGAAGAUGCAUAUGCCCAAGUCAAGGCAUACAUCCGGCUAGCCAAGAAGGCGCAAAAGCAGUUCAAGAAGAUCAGCAAGAACACCGUUUCUGACAACGACUGCAGGAUGCUGAUGCUAAUGGCUGAGGCAAGAGAGAUUACCAUCUCACUACUCGAAUCCACAUGCAGGCUCCUGUCGAAGCAAUUUGAGAUGCCCAAGUGUUCUCUUGUCUCCAAGACAUUCCACAAGAGCAAGUUCGUGUGCAAAGAGGAGCAAAUGAGGGCACUGGAGUGCAGUGUCAGUGAUCUUGAGUCUGGAGUGGAACUUCUGUACAGGAGAUUGAUCCAAAACAGAAUUUCGCUUCUGAACAUUCUUAGCUCAUAG